AUGGCGACCGAAGAGAGUGAAAGCUCAGCAGAAAUAAUUGGGUACGCUGAACCAUGGAUUGUAGCGCCUGGAGACUCGGUUGCCAUCAAAGUAUCAUGCACGGAGCUAGAGUAUAGGUAUCGAACCGUUCGGUUGAUUCAGGGUAUUGAUCUUAAACACUCUCCAAAGAAGCUUGAAGAGGAAGUCAAAGAAAUUCCCCGAGGCAAACGGCAGGGCCGCUUCCAGACCGCUCAGCAGGGGUCUUAUGGGUAUAUCCCAAACUGGGCGCCACAAAUCGCAACGGUUGGCCUUCAGGUUUCGUUUUACGUGCAGCCGUGGUUGUUGGAAUGCCCACACGCACAAACAUUGGUCUCAACGCUCGAUCCAGAUGCCCAUACCGGGUUUUCCAUCGCAUUGAACACUCAGGGCUCAAUUGAUAUCAACGUGGGAACUGGUUCCAGAAUCAAAGUUCUCAGUACUGGCCUUAGUCUCCAACAAAAGACGUGGUCGAAAGUAAAAGUCAUAUUCAACGGUCCUUUGGUCAAAUUGAAUUUGACGCCUAAAUCCUUUAGAGUUGAACCAGUCCACCCUGCGUCGGCAUUUGAAUCGCAAGUAGAUGGUGAAGCACUGGUUUACGGACGAGGGCCGCUUCACAUUGCCGCAACCCAGCAGCGUGUUGCUGACAACACCCAAUGUGGCCUGAGACCGCAUGUUACAGACUUCUUCAACGGCCGCAUCGAUAGUUUAACCCUCAAGUCUUGCGACAAACAAUCUUUGAUCCUCGCGAAAUAUGACUUCUCCUUGGAAAUGUCGAGUGACCGAAUCCUAGACAUUUCUGGGCGCGGGUAUCACGGUGUCUUGGUUAAUGCGCCAACUCGUGCUGUCAAGGGUCAUGACUGGGACGGAUCCGAGUGUGACUGGACGCGAGCCCAGUUUGGCUAUGGUGCGAUUCAUUUCCAUGACGACGACCUAGAUGAUGCAAACUGGGAGACGGACUUUGUCAUUACAAUCCCUCCCAAUGCUCGCUCUGGUGCUUAUGCGGUCGAGGUGGAGACAAGCAAUGGCCGAGACACGGAUUCAAUCACCUUCUUUGUUCGACCGACCCGCUGGAUAUCGGACAACUCCAACAAGGUCUGUCUUGUCUUUUCUACAUUUACGUACCUGGCAUAUGCCAAUGAACGCCUAUAUGAUACAACCCGCCAGAAUACCGCAGAUCUUGGGCCGGGCUUCGACAUUAAUAAAGCCCUGAAAAGUCCCGAAUUUUACAAAAUGCGUCGCCGAGUGGAUCUUGGUCUGUCUUGCUAUGACCGCCACAACGAUGGUUCGGGGGUCUGUUACUCUUCAUCGAAACGCCCCAUUUUGAAUGUGCGCCCCGGCUAUAUAAUGUGGGCGUUUUCCCGCCCACGCGAGUUCUCUGCUGAUCUCAUGAUGCUCGGGUUUCUGGAGCAGGAGGGUAUCCCGUACGAGACUCUGACUGAUCACGAUUUGCACGCUCGUGGAGCUGGCGCUCUCCAAGGCUUCAGCACUGUCAUCACUGGCUGUCAUCCUGAGUACCCUAGCCUCGAAUCUUUUCGUGCCUAUGACGCUUUUGCCAAAGGAGGAGGCAACCUCAUGUACAUGGGUGGCAAUGGAUUUUAUUGGGUAAGUGGACAUGACGUUAAUCGACCACAUCGUUUAGAAGUGCGUCGCGGAGACACUGGCGUGCGUCCAUAUAGUCUCCCCGGCGGAGAGCACAUCAACAGCCUCGACAGUCAGCGAGGUGGUUUAUGGAGAUCUCGAGGAAUGAGUUGCAACACGUUAUUCGGGGUGGGGUUUUGCGCUCAGGGUACCGGUCUUGGGGUGCCGUAUAGGCGGACCGAGGCAUCUCGAGAUCGCAAACUCUCUUGGAUGUUUGAAGGGGUAGAAGGAGACUUGAUUGGUGAAUUUGGGUUUGGCGGUGGCGCGUCAGGGGAUGAGAUUGAUCGUUUCGACGUAGGGAACGGCAGCCCCGAGGGGGCCUUGAUACUAGCCACGAGUACUGGCCAUAGUGAUGACUUUGGCAUUGCUAUCGAAGACCUAAGUUAUCCUGCACUAAACACGCUUGGAACUCAGACGAACUUGAUUCGCAGCGACGUGGUAUACUAUGUUGGUUCUGGCGGUGGUGGAGUGUUUAGUGUUAACUAG